AUGACUCUGCCGCGCGUGUUCGCAUGGUUGGCUUUCACCCUUGUGUGUGCAGUCGCUGAGGAGCAGGUGCAUCUCCGGGGAAGCACCAACGCCACCCAGAAUAACUCAACGCUUUUGACGAAGAGCCUGCCAAAGGGGGCCGCCACCUCUGCCCACCUGGCAUGGAUGCCCGACUUGUCCUUCUGCCUCUCGACCGACGGAAACCGCAUCGGCAACGGUGUGAAGGUGCAUCUCUGGCAUUGUGAUCAGAAGUGGCACAGCGGCGGUCAAAAGUUCUUCCUUGAUGAAGCAGGGCGAAUCAGGAUGACUCAGAGUCCAGAUUACUGUGUUGUGAUCGACGGCGACAAGUAUGAGGAUGGAGCGAAGAUUCAGUUGUGGAAGUGCCACGAAGGCAACAAGCAUCAGACCUGGUACUUCAACGAUGUUGGGCAGAUCCAGUCCCAAAACGCCCCUACACGGAUGUGCCUGGUGAUCGACGCCAACCGCGCUUUCAACGGGGCGAAGAUCCAUUUGUGGUCCUGCCAGCAAUCGUCUGACAAGGUCCAGGACUGGCUGAAGAUCUCCCUCGACUCAUCUGGAUUACGGGCCUAUGCCCUCCCAAACGAGGACAAGGCAUGCGAAUUCCCGUUCGAGCCAGUGGCCACCAACACAGCCCACUGCGUGGAAGCUGCUGAGACUCUUCGCCCUGGGAAGGGAUGCAUGUGGGGCGGUUGGCCAGACGUCGUCUCCGAGGAGUUCACAACGCCGAACUUGGGCCUGCGAGGGGGUGGGGAUGCGGGCUCAGGUGAGCUACGCUGA